GCGCGCAUGCGCAGAUCUUUCCGUCUUUUGUUGGAAGGGAAUGACUGGCGUUUUCAAUGCUCUCUGCUACAGCAUCGCAACAUUUAUAGGCGAAUCUUCUUAAUACAACACAGUGUGUGGAUACAACUCUGGAAGAGGAUUUGGCGAUCCAAGACGGUGUCCUGAAGCGGUCGAUUGUGUGAUCAGAGCGUCUGGAAUCCUCUUCGAUUAACCCAUCAUGGCUGAUCUUGAUACUGAUUUCACCAGUGGAGAUGCUGGGGCUUCUCUAACAUUCCCCAUGCAGUGCAGUGCUCUGCGUAAGAACGGCUUUGUGGUGCUAAAGGGACGUCCUUGCAAGAUUGUGGAGAUGUCUACUUCCAAGACUGGCAAGCAUGGACACGCCAAGGUGCACAUGGUUGGAAUAGACAUAUUUACUGGAAAGAAAAAUGAAGAUAUCUGUCCCUCUACCCACAACAUGGAUGUUCCUAAUAUCAAGAGACUGGACUAUCAACUGGUUGGCAUCACCGAUGGCUACCUUUCCCUGCUGAAGGAUAAUGGAGAUUUGCGUGAGGACCUCAAGCUGCCUGAGGGGGAUCUGGGCAAAGAAAUAGAGAGCAAAUUUGAAUCUGGAGAUGAAUUUCUGGUCUCUGUGUUGGCUGCCAUGGGGGAUGAGUGUCCCAUUGCCAUCAAGCCCAUGAGCUCAUAAUGAACAGAAGCUGACGGGCUGGUUGAGUGAGGGCCUCUGUACCACAAAUAUUACAUUUUAGUUCUAAAAGUCACCAAAGCCACAGCCUUCGCAAACCACCUAGAAUAAUUUCUGUUAAACAGUAAAGAUGCUGGACCUUUUGA